AUGCCACCGAGAAGGUCGUUAAUUAAAAUUUCCUUCACAUUACUGUUUUAUUUUUCUAUUUCAUUUUCCUUCUUCAUUUUCAUCCUUUAUUUUUCUUCUUUAUUUUCUUUCUUCAUUUUCCUUCUUUAUUUUUCUUUAUUUCCUUUCUCCAUUUUACUUCUUUAUUUUUCUUUAUUUUCCUUCAUCAUUUUUCUUCUUUAUUUUCCUUCUUCAUUUUCCUCCUUUAUUUUUUAUGUUUAUUUUCUUUCUUCAUUUUUCCUUCUUUAUUUUCCUUCUUUUUUUCCUUCUUUUUUCACCUUUAUUUUUCUUCUUCAUUUUCUUUCUUUAUUUUUCAUCUUUAUUUUCUUCCUUCAUUUUUCUUCUUCAUUUUCCUUUAUUUUUCAUCUUUAUUUUCUUUCUCCAUUUUCCUUCUUCAUUUUCCUCCUUUAUUUUUUGUUUAUUUUCUUUCUUCAUUUACUUUCUUUAUUUUUCUUCUUCAUUUUCCUCCUUUAUUUUUCUUCUUUAUUUUCUUUCUCUUUUUUCCCGCUUUAUUUUUCUUUAUUUUCCUUCUUCAUUUUUCUUCUUUAUUUUCCUUCUUCAUUUUCCUCCUUUAUUUUUUAUGUUUAUUUUCCUUCUUCAUUUUCCUUCUUUUUUUCACCUUUAUUUUUCUUCUUCAUUUUCUUUCUUUAUUUUUCAUCUUUACUUUCUUCCUUCAUUUUUCUUCUUUAUUUUCCUUCUUUUUUUCCUUCUUCAUUUUCCUUCUUUAUUUUUCUUCAUUAUUUUCUUUUUUUUUCUUUUUUUCCUUUUUCAUUUUCCUUCUUACACCAUUUUCUUCUCCAUUUUCCUUCUUUAUAUUCUUUCUUCAUUUUCCUCUUUUAUUUUCCUUUUUCGUUUUUUUUCUUUAUUUUCCUUCUUCAUUUUUUCCUUCAUUUUUUGCUCAAUUUUUCAUAUAAUAAACAAAGAAGCAAAAAUAGCGCGAAAAGAGGAGAAAUACGUAUCUCCUUUCAUUUUUCUUCCUUCUUAUUUAACUUUUUUUAUCGCUUUUUUUUAAUCACUUUCAACUUUCUUUCCUCUUUAUUUUCAAUUAUUUUUUUUUCUUUAUCCAUUUACUUUUUCGUUUUCUUUUUUACUUUUUACCUUCAUUCACUUUUCUUACAUUCACAUUUCUCCUCUUUUCCUUCUUUCUUAUUUUUCUUCGUUACAGCUUUUAUCUGUGUCUAUUUCUUUAUCCUGAUCAUUGUCGUCAUAUUCCAAACAAUAGAAGCCACAGCAGGUCAAUUAUUUUUCUUGCCAGCCCCUUCUCUCUAUCUCUUCUCCUUCUUCUUCUUCUUCUACUACUUUUUUUUCUUUUUUCUUCUUUUUCUUCUUCUUCUUCUACCAUUACUACAACUUCUUUUUCUUUUUUCUUCUUUUUCGUCUUCUUCUUCUUCUACUACUACUACUUCUUUUUCUUUUUUCUUUUUUUUCUUUUUCUUCUUUUUCUUCUUUUUCUUCAUCUUCUUCUUCUACUACUACUACUUUUUCUUUUUCUUUUUUCUUCUUCUUUUUUCUUUUUUCUUCUUUUUCUUCUUUUUUCUUCUUCUUUUUCUUCUUCUUUUUCUUCUUCUUCUUCCACUACUACUACUACUACUUUUUUUUUCUUUUUUCUUUUUCUUUUUCUUUUUCUUUUUUCUUCUUUUUCUUCUUUUUUCUUCUUCGUUUUCUUCUUCUUUUUCUUCUUCUUCUUCCACUAUUACUACUACUACUACUACUACUUUUCUUUUUUCUUCUUUUUCUUCUUCUUCUUCUACAUAUUACUACUUCAUUUUCUUUUUCUUCUUUUUUCUUUUUUCUUUUUCUUCUUUUUCUUCUUUUUUCUUCUUUUUUUCUUUUUCCUUUUUUUUCUUUUUUUCUUCGUUGUUCUUUAUUCUGUCUGCCUUUUUUCUUCCUCUUUUGACCUUUUCUCUUCUUUUUAUUUUGUUGUUCAUCGUUCAUUACAUUAUCUUUUUGGUUCUCUUUUUCUCCUUUUCCUUCUUUUUCUCCUUUCUUUAUUUCAUUUUUGUUUUUUUAUUCCCUCUUUUUACUUCUUUUUUCUCCGUCUUUUUCUUCAUUUUUUUUUUUCACAUACCUUGCCUUGAUUUUUCUUCUUCAUUUCUGUCUUUUUCCUUAUUUCUUUAUAUUUUCCUUUAUUACAUCUUUCUUCACUACGUUUUUCUUCUUAUUAUUUUUUCCUUGUAUUCUUUUUUUUCUUUCUUCCGUUUCCUUCUUUUCUUCGUCUUCUUUUUUCUCUUUUCCUUAUGUUUUUCUCUUUCUACCUUCAUCUUUUCUUUUGUUCCUCUUUUCAUUUCUCCUUUUCUCUUUGUCAUUCUCUUCUCCCGUUAUUCUCCCCCCUCUCUAUUCGUUUCGCUUUUUUAUUUCUCGUCUUAUUUCCGCUUUUUUAUUUUUCUUCACUUCAUUUUAUUUUUCUCUUCUUCUACGCAUCUUUUAUAUUUCUAUUCUUCUUCUUCACACAUCAUUUUACUUUUAAUUUUCCUCUUUUGCUUCUUCCCAAAUCUUUUUCUUUCUCUUUUUCUUUCUUAUAUAUCUCUUUAUAUUCCUAUUUUCUUCGAUUUUAAUUAUUAUUUUUUAUUUCUUCAUAACAUAUUUUUCAUUUCUCAUUUUUUUCUUUUUCACAUCUCUUUUUCUUAUUCUGUGCAUCUCUUUUUUAUUUCUCGCGUUCUUCUUCUUCGCGUCUCUUUUUAUUUCUCGUUUUUUCUUCACAUCUCUUUUUAUUUCUAUUUUUCUACUUUUUCUUCACAUUUUUUUUCUUUCACUUUUAUUCUUCACAUUUAUUUUUAA